GAUUGAGAUGGUCCGCGACUGCUUGCUACGUACGCAAAUCUCGAAUGCAGCAGGUCGAUCCACACGACAGGAGAAAAGUAAAAAGCAUAUGUUCAUUGAUCAGAGAAGACAUCUGUUCUUUGAUCAGAGAACACCACCUAAAGUCAGCGAUGUUGCGUUGCCCUGUCCGACUAUCUAUUAUCAAAAACUCUGUCCGACCUGCGCUUUAAAAUCAACUCCGCUUCAGUCUUUUUUUUUUUCAACAAUUCGAGCUUUUUACAGGAAGGGAAGAAAUGGAUCUUCGAGAGUCGAUAAGCAACCAAACUACUUUCUCUCUAGAAAUCGCGAAGAACGUAUUGUUGAAGGAAGGGAAGAACUCGAACCUUGUCUUCUCUCCUUUGUCAAUCCAUAUCGUCCUGAGCCUCAUCGCUGCUGGAUCCAAGGGUCCAACCCUAGACCAGAUGCUUUCGUUCCUGAGAUCGAAAAGUAAUAACGAUCUCAACUCAUUUGCUUCUCAGCUUGUCUCUCUUAUAUUAGCUGACGGCAGCCAGAGUGGAGGGCCUCUUUUGUCAUUCGCCAAUGGUGUCUGGACAGAAAAAUCUCUCCCUCUCAAACCCUCUUUCAAGGGGAUCGUCGAUACCGUUUACAAGGCAACAGCGAAGCAAGUAGAUUUCCAAUCAAAGGCAGUUGAAGUGGCUAAUGAAGUCAACUCAUGGGCUGAAAAGGCGACCAGUGGGCUCAUCAAUGAGGUCCUUCCAGCAGGAUCAGUUGACAACUCAACUAGACUCGUCUUUGCAAAUGCCCUUUACUUCAAGGGAGCCUGGAGUGAAAAAUUUGAUGCAUCAAAGACCAAAAACUAUGACUUUCACCUUCUCAAUGGAAGUUCAACUCAGGCGCCCUUCAUGACCAGCAAGGAGAAGCAAUUCAUCAGUGCCCAUGGUGAUUUCAAAGUGCUUGGGCUUCCUUAUAAACAAGGAGAAGACAAGAGGCGUUUCACCAUGUACAUAUUUCUACCUGAUGCAAAGGACGGGCUUCCAGCUUUGGUCGAGAAAGUGGGGUCAGACCCCGGGUUUUUAGAUCGCUACCUCCCAUUCGAAAAAGUGGGAGUGGGGGAGUUCAGGAUCCCGAAGUUCAAGAUUUCAUUUGGUUUUGAAGUUUCGAGGGUUCUGAUGGGGUUAGGAUUGGUGUUGCCUUUCUCUAGUGAAGGGGAUCUGACCGAGAUGGUGGAGUCAUCCACAGGAAAGGACUUAUACGUGUCUAGCAUUUAUCAUAAAUCCUUCAUCGAGGUCAACGAAGAAGGGACUGAAGCUGGCUCUGCCUCUGCUGGCGUGAUAAGUGUUAGGAGUCUGCUUAUUACUAGGGACAUAGACUUUGUAGCCGACCAUCCAUUCAUGUUCUUGAUCAGAGAAGACAUGACUGGAGUGGUGGAAUUCAUCGGGCAUGUGCUCAAUCCCUUGCAAGGUGCUUAAGUUAUGGGCCAAACUAGAUUUUAAUAGAUGUUAGAUAAAUCGAACGUGGAUGGAGUUGGGUCUCUAAUCUAAUAUUCUAAUGCUAUACUGUCUUCUUUUUGUACUCCAUAUAAAGUACUAUGCAAACAAACGCUUAUAUAUAUAUAUAAGAUAGUAAGUAUUACAUGCA